CUCCAAAGUCGACACUUCCACCUUAACACCUGACCAGCUUGACAGAACCGCGAUUACUUCUCUCUGUGGCGUUGAGAAGCAUAUGAAGAGGUUCCGUGAAGAGCAUGGCGGAUCGUGAAGCGUUUAAAUGCAGUCCGAGAAGAGGUGCUGCUUGCUUUCAGUCUCUGACAGACUGUGAGCCAAGCUUGCAUCUUCCCCAUCCUCAGGUCCACCUGAUAGAUGAUGCAACGGUUUAUAGCAGUGGUGCUGAGCUGAGGAAAAAUGCACAUGCUACCGGGGACCAUGAGGAUUUACUUCCUGAGGGAUGUGACAGACCCACAAUGAAGAAAACUCCCAUCCCCAAACUCAAAGAUACAUUCGAUUCUGGUGAUAUGGUAUUGGAAAAUGAGGCUGAAGACACUGAUGAUGACCCAGCUGUCCUCUCUCUCCAUGGUCUGUCAUCUCCUGAGAGUGUUCUCUCAGAUGAAGAGCUUGUGAUGGACCAGAUCAAGGACAAGAGCACGGAUACUGAAGUUUGGCAAACUGACUGGCACAAGAACCACAUGGCAGCUAUAAGCAGUGAGAAGUUUGACAGCCUCCUGAAAAUGUGUCCAGAUUUCCACGGCUGUAAGAGUCACAUGGCAGCAUUUGUCUUGAUAAGAGAGGUGCUGGAUACAGCGGGUCAUCCCUGUGAACAUUACAAGGUGGUGGCGGUGGGAGCUGGCCGUUCAAGCUGCAGCAAGUGGCUUUGCUUCAACGGGAUGAUGGUUCAUGACUGUCAUGCCAUCAUCAUCGCCAGACGGGCUCUCCUGAGGUUUCUGUACAAACAGCUUCUGCUGUUCUUUGAUGCUGAUCCAAAGGGCAAGGAGAACUGCAUUUUUGAGAGUAGUGCAGACAGCUACCAGCUUCAGCUCAAACCCAAGAUCAGCCUGCAUCUCUACACCAAUCAGUGUCCCGAAGGAGCAGCUAAGAACUUCUACUUCAAGCACUCGGCAAACAGUGCUUGGACAACUAUGAAGCUGCAGUAUCAUGCCAAAGGCCUGCUGGUCCCAGUGGCCUACCUUGACCCAAGUUUAUGGGCUGCCAGAGUCUGCUGCAUGUCUGGUAGUGACAAACUGUGUCGCUGGACUGUCACUGGGGUUCAGGGGGCAUUACUGAGCCACUUCAUUCAGCCGCUCUACAUCACCAGCAUGGUCCUAGGCUGCCAGAAGAUCGCAAACGAGGAAGUGUCUGAUAUCGCCAACAAGCGGCUGGGCGAUGGAUGGGAGACGCUUCUGCCUUUAUCCUACAAGAAACACGACAUCUUCUUUGUCUGUGGCGACUACGUGGGACCUGCUGCGGCCUCCCCAGGGCACGACAACGUCAGCAUUAACUGGUGCCUCGGAGACAAGGAUAUUGAAGUUCUAGACAGUAGCAAGGGCUGCAUCGUUGACGGCUCUCCCUCUGUGAGUGGGCCUAGCUUCUCCAGCAGACUUUGCAAGAGAGCCCUCUACAGUUAUUUCCUCCGAGUUGCACAGCUAGGUGGACAUACCUAUUUGCUGGAGCUUCCCACCUACCACAGUGUCAAAGUUGAAGCCAUUUUCUACCAAAUAGUAAAAGAUGUGGUGAAGCAGCAGUUCCUGAGAAUCCGUGCUGGUCCCUGGAAUUCAAAAAAGAUGGUGGAUUGCUUUAGCAUGUGAACGCUUACCCAGAAACUGGUCAUGUCGAAGUUUAUCCAAGUUCCCUGUGAGGUUUGAGUUGCUGUUCUGUUGUGCACUUUGCUGAUUACUUUAGGCAGUGAUACUAGUUUUGUUUUAUGUACAACAUUGGAGUUUUCAGUUUGUGUAGGUGUUUGUGAAAAAUAAACAAGACCCUACUGUUAUGCACCAUUGAA